AUGAACAGAGCUUGUCAUUGCUGGCGGUGCGAGGUAGUCUGCACUCAAAAGUGUUCGCGAUGCAGAGUAGCAUUCUACUGCUCUAAGAAAUGUCAGAUCCGAGACAAGUGGCGACAUCAGCCAGACUGCGAUGCAGCAGCGCUGAAAAUGCGGUGUUUCGCCUGCAAUAAUGAACAAGAGGGAAUGAUGACGUGUACCAACUGCUUGAAAGCCCAUUAUUGUGGCAGAGAAUGUCAAAGAGAAGACUGGAGAAGGCAUAAAACGUUCUGCGAGAUGACUGUCGAUCAAACGUUGAUAUUAGUUCACAAAAUAAAGGACGUUUUGCAAAUUGAAAAUAGUUUUAAGGGCCUUUACGCCACCUAUUACUGGGGUAAUGUGCCUGCUGUGGACCUGCUCAAUUUGUCGAUGAAUGAAGGGGAGGAGUAUUCGAACCCACUGGCUUUGUUACUUUGCGGAGUUGGUGAUCCAAGGAAUGUUCUACUUUCCAUUGCUUCUUUGCCUGAUGUUUAUACUCAACAAGUGAGCUUCGUUUUGAACGACAUCUGUCCUUGUACCCUGGCCAGAAUAGUCCUGCUUCUCUAUAUGUUAUACAAAGGUAUUUUUGUUAAUGUUUGUAAAUUAUUGUACACUUUUUUAAGAGAUUACAUUUUUUGCUUAAUUAGCUAAGGAGGUUUUUAUUUGAAGCUUCAACUUUCACGCCUUAUUGGAUCUAAAGAAGGAAUAAUUUACACAUAUUAAAUUCUGCAAGCAAAAUACUGCAAUGCUGAUCGUACUACGUGAAAAUUAACUCUGCAAGUCAUCAACACGACCCCGAAAGAACUCAAAACAGAGCGGAAUUGUAGCCAUAGACAGCUGUUGCGCCCUUGCAGAAUUUAAAACGUCUAAUUAUUAUUUUUGCUGAUCAGGUCUUUAUAGAUCCUACGUCCUUCGGCAUAUUCAUUGGCGGUCCUAUGCAGUGUUUGAUGUUUGUACUUAAUGAAUUUUUGGGCCGUAGAUCUUUUAUAGAUCCGUUAUGCUGUAAUUCUUGCAUGGUUUUGUCCAUGUUUUUGAGGUUGGUUUUGGCCAAUUCUUUAUUUUCUCUGCGAGACAUCAACUUGACACUUGGACUCUUGCCCUCCAGAAGACACGUGUUAUGGCGUGAUUCUGUGGGUGUUGAGAGUUCUGGGUCAGGGCUUAAUAUAAAAUCAGAGUGCGCGGAUAUUUUUUAUCAGAGUUUUCUCUGGUUGUUGCGCCACACUGACGAGCGCUAAAAAGGGCGAAACAGCUGUCCAUGGCUACAAUCCCGCUCUGUUUUGAGUUCUUUCGGUGUCUUGUUGAUGUCUCGCAGAGUUAAUUUUCACGUAGUACGAUCAGCAUUGCAGUAUUCUGCUUACAGAAUUUAAUAUGACUACAAGGAAUAAUUGUUUAACAAUUUCAUGCUUCUCCUCUAUCAAUGUAAACAUAGCUGUGACCAGUCUCAUAUGGCUAGUUUGUCGAUGCAGAACAGUUAGGUUACCCGUCUUUCUUUGGUGAGCUAUAAACUUGUAAGUGGGUACUUUUAGGUACUCAAGUUAUUGCUGUGAGCGGCGCCACUAUUCGUGACUCAGUCAUACCAUAUUUAAACUUACUUUUGUUGGAAGCAUUAAGCACAACAAAGUCAUGGAGAAUGUAGCGACAUUUCACGAGGAAGACAAUGUUCUUCUGUUGUUAUGUUCUUAGAGUUUGGCCAUCGAUCGUAUCGCUGUUUUGUUUCCACCGAGCGAAGAUGAGAUCUUGCGUUAAAUUAUAUGCCUACUGUAUCCAGCUAUUUUAUCGAGACUAAUGGGGACAGUAUGUGAUGUCAAGUAGGGUGCAAACAAAUUAUUCUUGUGGUCGCGAGGAACUAAUAAGUUUUAUUUAGGUGUAGCAUCUGAAGUUACUGCUGUUGUUUAAAUUUGGGUUUCAAAUCUCAAAGAACCCAUAUUUUUUCUUUAUUCAGUGGAUUUACUACUAUCGCUAAGUGUGGCUAGUGACCCCAAGAUCAAAGUUUAAUUAUAUUAAUAUUCAACACCCAUUCUCUCCUCUUACAUUGGCAGGAGGUGAUAACAUCUUUCAUGCCAUGAUUCGAAUUUGGUAUUCAGUCUGCAUUUCUGAAGAAGACUUCAUCUUGCUGACCUCAUCACUUCGAGACCUUGCUACAACUAACGAAUUAAGCAGUCUUACUAAAGGAGUGAUGGAUAUUUCUGCUGAGCAAAUGGAACAGCUUAAGAGUGUUUGGACAGCGUGGCUUUGCUUGUCAGAGCGCGAAGGACCAUGGGUAUCAAAUGAAAGGAAAAUGGUUUUCUCCGCUGAUAGGUCAGACGUUCAGAUUGGACUACCUCGUUACCUGGAUACCAUCCCAAAACCACACAGAAAUUCUGCGAAAAAGUAUUUUGACACGGGCAUUUUUCCCUCUACAGCAAAUCCCAAAGAACUAACUCGACAAAAUCCUACUUUGACUGGUCGUGUACUCAGUCCACUUAGUCCAGAAGGCGCUGAGUUUGACUACAGCAUGACUUCAGAUCUGCAUCCGUUCACUGGGUGGGAUUACAAGGCGAUAAAGAAAAUCUGUUAUUCUGACUCACUUCCAGAGAUGUACACCAUGUACGUGUCCCAGAUCUUACAGAAAUCCCUUGAAAUGAUGAACGCUGGUCGUGUUCAGUUCCGUUUUAUUCUCUGCGAUGCUCUAGAGAUCGAGGCGCAUCUUCCUGCGAUUAUCACGUAUGACCGCAUUACCACUUCCAACUUAUGGGAUUAUCUACCCCUUUCCGUGUUACUGACAAAGAUGAAGAGGUUUUUAAAUAGGUCGAAUCCUCAUGCAGUCCUGUUGACUGAAACAAUCAACAUGCCGAAGGUUUUGCCGGAAAUCGUUGAGAAACUGCCAAAUAGUUGUAGUGAUUUACUGCAUGAGAGGGCUGUAAAGGACACGCAAGAUCCAGAAAUGGUCUCCUCUUCAGGUAAUUCUACUGUUAUCGAAUAUUUAAACCUGAGUGAUGAAUUUGUCAUGUAUCUGCGUGCAUCUCUUCUAGUGUCUUGUACAGUCCCUAGGACUAUAUCUCCGGGAUUUUAUUAG